UUGAGAACAACUGAGGAGAGUGAGAGAGAGCAGAAAUGAAGAAAAGGGUGAGAGAUUGUGUCAUGUUUGUGAGCUUUUUAUGCCUAAUUACCCUAACCUUCACUGAGUCUGCAACUGUAAGAGGAAGUGGUGGAAGCAGAAGACGACGAUCCCCUGUAGAUAUAUCAGUAGGAGUGAUUCUGGACUUGAAUUCAUCACUUGGUCACAUGGCUCUCAACUGCACCAACUUCGGACUCCAAGAUUUCUAUUCCACAAAUGAUUCUUAUACCACCAACCUCCGACUUCACUUCAAGGAUUCUGGAAACGAUGUCCUCACCGCAGCUUCUGCAGCUAGGGAUCUAAUAAACAAGGAAAAGGUGCAUGCAAUCCUUGGACCUCAAAGCUCUGAGCAGGCAAGGUUUGUUGUAGAACUUGGUUACAAGUAUCAUGUUCCAGUCAUCUGGUUUUCUCCAUCUGGUCCAUCUCUUUUGCCACCUCGUUCCCGAUUCUUCAUCCACUCUGACUUCGCCAGCAGAAGCCAUUGCUUUCAGUUCAGAGCUAUAGCAGCCAUUAUUAAAGCUUAUAAUUGGCAAUCUGUGAUCCCCAUUUAUGAAGAGCCAGAAUUCGGCUACGACCUCAUUCCAUGUCUCACUUAUGCCUUGGAAGAAAUGGACACUCGAGUUCCUUACAUAAGUUCCAUAAAGCAAAAUUCCAAUGAUACUGAAAUCAAAGAUGAGCUUGACAUGCUCAAAGACAAGAGAACACACGUGUUUCUCGUCCACAUGACCGUGGAGCUAUGGUCAAGACUCGUGAAAAUUGCAAAAAAUGCAGGCUUGAUGAGUAAAGGAUAUGCUUGGAUACUUACCCAAGGGCUAUCUUCUGUGAUGGAUCCCAAAACUAAAGGUAUUCAACAGAAAGGCUACAUGGAUGGUGCAUUGGGUGUGGGGCCAUCGGUAUUUUCCAACAAAAAUGACAUCAUAAGGAAGCGCAUUUCCAUAGCAACAAGAUUAAUGAUUUACAGUAAAACUCUCUCUCUAUAUGGCUUGUGGGCUUAUGACACUAUUACAGCAUUGGCCAACGCAGUAGAGAACGCCGGCUUUGUGAAUUCUAGUGAAAGCAGAGUUAAUCUUGUAGAUGCAAUUUUGGGUACCCAUUUUGCUGGCCUGUCAGGGAGUUUCAGUUUAAGGGAAGGAGAGCUAGAACCAUCCGAAGUUGUAGUCUAUAAUGUGAGAGGACUAAACAAUACUAUCAUUGGAUAUUGGAGCCCCGGAACAGGACUCCAAAAUCACAGUGUAAAUGGUGAGCAAAUUGGUAAAUACAAACUAAUGGAUCCGAUAUGGUGGCCGGGUAACACAACGGAGAGACCACCAAAGUUGAAAAUUGGAGUCCCAAGGACACAUUUUAUUGAAUUUGCUAAUGUUACUGAUGUGUCUUUUGAUGGCUUUGCUAUUGAUGUGUUCAAAAAAGUGGUCGAUGUUUUGCCAUUUCCUUUACCUUAUGAGUUUGUAAACAUCAAUGGGGAGCAAACUCCCUCAAGCUAUGAUGAUCUUCUUUGCAGUAUCACAGACAAGAAUGUUGAUGUUGAUGUCAUAAUCGGAGACAUUACAAUUGUAGCGAGUCGCACAAAUUGUGUUGACUUCACAUUGCCGUAUUUAGAUUCAAGCGUGUCCAUGGUGGUGAAGGUGAGGUCCGACACCAAAAGUCGGUGGAUCCUCUUCAAACCUUUUGAUUGGUUACUUUGGUUGAUUCUUGGUGCGAUUUUUGUGGGUGCAACCGUUAUUGUAAUUAUAUUAGAAAGAAGAAACAAGGCUGCCAAUGGAAGCAAAUUCCAACACUUUGCCUGCAAUCCCUUCCUCAUUUACAUGAGCGAUAUUGGGUCUUUGAAAAGCAAGACAUCUAAAUGGGUGGUGAUAGUGAUCACCUUUUUUCUGGGGCUAGCGUUGCAAGUUUACACAGCAAAUUUGACAUCAAUUUUUACAGAGAGAACAACGGCAAAACCUUCUCCAUGGAGGGAUGUGCAAGAGAUUAAAAGGAACAAUGGGUCAGUGGGAUGUCAAAAGGAUUCCUGGGUCAAAGGCCUUCUCAUUCACCAACUAGGACUCAAGGAAGAUCAGAUAAAGGAUUAUGCAAGUCCUCAAGAGUACAACCAUGCUUUAUCAAAUGGAACCAAAAAAGGAGGUGUGGAUGCUAUUUUUGAUGAAACUCCGUAUCUCAUGCUCUUCCUUUCCAAUUGCUCUUCUUGCAAGAUGACAGGACCAAUCUACAAAACUGGUGGAUUUGCCUUUGCAUUCCCAAAGAGUUCUACUUUGGUCUCGAAUUUCUCAACUGCAAUAUUGAAUGUGACUCAAAAUGUGAAGACAUUUCGUGACAUGAAGAAGAAAAUAUUAUUACCUGUCACCAUUGACAAAUCUGAAUACAAAAGUGAAGUGGAGAGGCGGAGUUUGACGAUAGAUGACUUUGGAGGCUUUUUCCCGAUAGUAUUGUUUGUAUUGGUUCUCUUUUUCGGCCUUGCAUUUCGUAGAGCUCUUGAAACUAAAGAUUCACCUAAUCCCUCACCGGCUUUAUAAGAAAUCGGUUUCAUUUUCAAGUGCGUUGUGCUUUGAAGUUCCACCUACCUAACAUUUGUGAAAUAAAUGUGUUAUGUAUGGGGAUCUUACUGUGAAUAGUCCAAGUGAUAAGAAUAAGGUGAUGUGAAGAAAAACUAUAAGCUUGAGACCUUUUGGUUGUCCUAUCUGUUUUUUUUUUUUUUUUUGGGCAGAGAUUGUCCUAUCUGUUAUUUUGUAAUAAAUGAUUUUUCAAGUUCUCUUAUUUCU